GUCCAGAGUGGGGAAAUGUUCCUCCUCCUCCUCCUCCACCACCACCUUUAAAAGAGUAUUCUCCCUUUUGUCCCCUAUGGAAAUAGAAUAGUUGCCCUUAUUUUCUCCCUUCACUUAUGCUCCCUUAUUAGUCAAUGGAACAUUAUGGGUCGGUUUCGGAGGAACCGUGGCGAGGCUGAAGGAAACAAGGCAGCGAAAGUCCUUUGCGUUAGGAGCAAUGAUAAAAUACCAGUGCGUAAAAACCCAUAUUUUAGCCGGACAGCAGGACAGACACCAGACGUCUGUAUCCACACACAGACGCCUUCUUUUCCCCCUCCUGACAACUCCAUCUUCACCUUUAGGGCUUCAACCCAGAGGCGUGGGCCCUCAGAGAGGCGGGUGGCGGAGGGACGCGGGGCCUGUUCAAGCGCUUUGCCCGGAGUGCCACGCUAACCGGCCUCUCUUUUCUCUGUCCUUCCCCCCACUUGUCCUUUCCCUCCCCGCCGGCGACGACGGGCGGCCAGGUGUGGUUCCAGAACCGGCGGGCCAAGUGGAAGAAGCGCAAGAAGACGACCAACGUGUUCCGCGCCCCCGGCACGCUGCUCCCCACGCCGGGCCUGCCCCAGUUCCCCUCCGCCGCCGCUGCCGCCGCCGCCGCCAUGGGCGACAGCCUCUGCUCUUUCCACGCCAACGACACGCGCUGGGCCGCGGCAGGCAUGCCGGGCGUGUCGCAGCUGCCCCUGCCGCCGGCGCUGGGCCGGCAGCAGGCCAUGGCGCAGUCGCUGUCGCAGUGCAGCCUGGCGGCGGGGCCCCCGCCCAACUCCAUGGGCUUGUCCAACAGCCUGGCGGGCUCCAACGGCGCCGGCCUGCAGUCGCACCUCUACCAGCCCGCCUUCCCCGGGAUGGUCCCCGCCUCCCUGCCCGGCCCCAGCAACGUGACGGGCUCGCCGCAGCUCUGCAGCUCCCCGGACAGCAGCGACGUGUGGCGGGGAACCAGCAUCGCCUCCCUCCGCCGAAAGGCGCUAGAGCACACAGUCUCCAUGAGCUUCACCUAAUGGCGUCUCCUUCCCGCCUUCCUAGCCAGCCAGCAGCCUGCCCCCAGCCGCGCCUCCCGCUUUCCCGCCCUUUUUGCUUCUUCUAAUUCCUCCUCUUCUUCUUCUUCACCUCAGCCCUGCCCUCACUCCCCACUCCCGCCAUUUUUUUGUACUUAAAAGAGGGAGGGGGAAACAAAACAAAACACUUACCAGGGAGUCGACUCAGGAUCAGAAGUGAGUGGACUGGUUUGCGGGCAGAGUUUAAGAGUGGUGGUCCAAAUAACACGACCCAGGCAAGCGCACGCACACAUAAAAACAUACAGACAAGGAACACGCUCACCCCAACCGCCGCCUACUGUGCUCCAAGGGCGGAAACACAAUCGACGUGUGUCUUAAUAAGGAUUUGAGAGAUACUCAACCUGACAAAAGGACUCGUUGGAUCUCCUCCUUUAAUUUCCUCCCCCCCCCCCCAAGUUCCAAGCCCGCACAGCCAAAUUCAGAUCCAGGCAUCUGUUGGGCUUUUAUUUUUUUAUACAAAACACCAAAACAAAAACCCACCUCAUGUAGAAAGACAGUAUACAAUGUGUGCAUGUGCGUGUACAAAUAAAGAUGAAAGUUGGUUGCAGGGGUUUUGAUAGAAAGGUUUUCUUAACGGGCAAGUUUGGCCCUAGGGUGGCUGCGAGGCAGGAAUAGUGGUCAGGAUGUGAAGCGUGAAGGGGAAAUUGAACCGAUUUUGAUAAAAGCAUUUUUAAGCGAAUUUUUUUGGGGGCGGGGGAGGGAUUCAAACGAUUUUUAAAAAAGAACCCGCUCCAAACACUUCCUAUUACUCUUUUUUCUUUUUGUGGGCGUUUUGAUUUCUUUGUUUCGGUUAUUGCUGUCCCUCCAGUUUCUCUUGUUGCCCUCCCUCUCCGAGCAGCAGGCUGAUAGAUAGAUGCCUGGCGCACGUGGACUUGAGACAUCUCCAACCUGGCAAAGACUUUGUACAGAUAAAACAAUCAGCUAUUUUUUUCUCCCUUUCUGCAUGUGCUGGUCCAAUCCCAGAGAACAGAAGCUAUUUCGAAGAAUGAACAAACAACGUGAAAUAGGAUGUUUUGUGUAGAUAAAGCAUUCUUGUUACAUACUGGUCGAUUUGUGAUAUGUUAAAAGAAAAAAGAAAAGAAAAGAAAACUUACUGUCUGUGCUUAUUUAUUAUGGAAUUUUGGGUUUCUUAAUAAAUGUUUGAG